CCCACAAGUGACAGAUAGCAAUCAGUGUGAAAACACUGACUUACACCUCCCUUUCUCAGUUUACAUUAAAUACAGUUUUCACAAGACCUUUCGGGCAACAUGACUUAAUCAAGACCUCUCUGCGCCGAGGUGAUGUCUGGACCACCCGGUGUGAUGGAUUGGUGCUCUCCACCGAGGCUGAAGCUGAAGCUGAUGACCCUGUUUCUGCUCGCAUCUACCAGCAUUGUCUGUCUGCACGGAAAUCCUGUCACAGGUGUGGACUACAAUCUGCACUGUGUGAAUGAUUACCUGUACACCAUCAACUGCUCCCUGAGCAUCCCUCCAUCAGGGAACACCUCAGACACCAACGGCUUCUACUGGCUCACUAUAACAUAUUACGAAGAGGAGUUUGAGUGCAAGCUGACAAACAUCAAUGAGGAUUACUUCUGUUCUGUUAAAACAUCCAGUCCCUUUGACGAUCUAGACAUCUAUAAAAUCUUACUUUGUCACAACCAAAAUGAUGGGUCUAAAAUCUGCGAUAUGCUAGAUGAUGAAUAUACACCUGUGGAAUACAUUAAACCAAACGCACCGUGCUGCCUCACAGUCAGCCACAAGUCAAGUCAAUGGCACUUCAUCUGGAAAAGUACCUACGAGGACUAUGAUUUCAUCACUCUGGGUGAAAACCUGAAGUAUCAACUCUAUUACUACCAAAGAGGAGACAAACAAAAUGUGAAAUUCCAUGAAAUUAACAUAGACAGUAAGAAUUAUUCUGUGGAUGAUCCUAAAUUUGUGCCAGGCACAGAGUACGCUGCCAGAGUGCGGUCCAGUCCUAAUAUGGCUUUUUACAAGGGAGAGUGGAGUCACUGGUCCUCUGAGGUUCACUGGAAGAGUAAGAUGAAUGUCCAUACAGAUCCCCCAUCCAACACAUAUGUUUCCGGUCUGGGUAAGGUGUUCAUCCCCUUGUGUGUGACGGUGCCACUUCUCUUACUUUUGUGCUAUGCUCCAGUUUUAAAGUGGAGGCAAAGCACCUUCAUCCCAACUCCAGCACCCUAUUUCCACACCCUGUACAGUGACUGCCACGGAGAUUUCAAGAGCUGGGUGGUUACUCAAGAAAACACAUCAAAAAUGCUGAAGGCAGAGGAAACGCUCCAAAUUGACACGCUAAGCAAGUGUGCAGAUAUCCAGGAGGAAGAGUGCCAGAGCCAGUUUCCCCAGCAGUUAAUGGAGAACAGCACAUACAGCAAUAUAAUUGACCCAGGCUGUGAUACCUCUCUCCUGGGCAUCCCAUACGCAGUAAGCACCAUGGUUCCACCGUCAACUCCAGGGAGCUCACAGCCAGGGAGCCCUACUGAAGGAGACUCCGGGUGCUGGCUCUGCAGCCACACAUCCCUGGAGAGGGACCCUCCCUUUUACUGCAACGAGUACUGCACCCUGAGCGCCUUCCAGCAGUCUAGUCCCGUCACAGCAGGGAACGACGGGAGCCUGUCAACAAAAUCCUGCUCAACAGGGAUGAUCAGAGUGGAUGCCACUGAAGCAUAGGCCGCUGUGUUUGUAUGUAGUAACUGGAGGGUAAAAUACUGUUAAGUUGAACUUUAAAUACGGUUGGGCCUAAAAGUUCAACUACGCACAUUUACAAAGAUGAAUGUAAGGCUUCAAAACAACUGCUUCAAGCUAAAAUAACUACAGUAAAUUCUUCUUUAUAUUAUUUAGGGAGAACAUUAUUGUAAAAUGCUCCCACAGCAUUAUGCAUAGUCAAUUAUAAUAAUAAUUGCAUAGCCUUUUGCUUGCAUCACAUGAAUAAAUUGUUUAAAGAAACAGUACAAAGUACAUUCCACAGUUAAGAAAAAUUCAUUUUGACCAUUUUCUUGACUGAAGUUUGCGUUGUUUCUGAAAUCUUGUGUAUAUGUUACUCAUUUAAUAAAGAAAAUCC